AUCAGUUGGUAUCUUAAUUGUGGAAAAGGUUGAUCUAUUAUAGAGAAGAGAGUUUUGGUGAUGAAAAAUGACGAACAGUAACGAUAAAUUGCAUCAUGGUGAACCAAUUGAAUGCUUUUUGCCUGAAACCUCGAAAGUUUAUCGCGAUGAUCUCGACGAUUACGACCCUUUCGUCAACAGAGAAAUUAGGAAACCGAACUCGAACUUUGGAACGUUAAUCCAUCUGAUCAAGGGGUCGCUUGGGACCGGAAUCAUGGCCAUCCCGUUGGCGUUUAAGAGCGGUGGUCUGAUUUUUGGAGUAAUCGGGAUAAUUGCUGUUUGCUUCCUCUACAUUCAUUGUGUGGAGCUUCUGGUGGGAACAGCGCACAAAGCUUGUAAGCGUUACCGCAUUCCUGUCCUAGGAUUUUCCGAAACAGCUGACAUUGUUAUCGUCAAUGGCCCUCCGGCCGUCCGCAAAUUCUCCAAUUUUGCUAGAAACUACAUCGACUGCAUGGUGGUGUUUCACAGUCUUCUCAUAUUUUGUCUGUUUCAAAUCUUCGUUGCCACCUCGCUGCGCGACGUCAUCAACAACCAGAUGCAGAUAGCGUGGAGUACCGGAGUGUGCGUCGCUUUGGUGACCGUUCCGAUAGCGCUUAUCAUUCAGAUUCGGGUCCUCAAAUACCUAGUACCGUUCUCGGCGCUGUCCAACGCACUGAUGAUAAUUGCUUUCGGAAUCACUCUUUACUUUCUGGUGAACGAACCGGUUUCGCUUGAUAACCGAAAUUUAUGGCCCGAAUGGGAAAGGUUGCCAUUCUUUGUAAGCACAAUACUCUUCGCAAUACAAGGAAUUAGGUUUGUUCUGCCAAUCGAGAAUAAGAUGAAACACCCGCAAUACUUUUUGGGGAAAUUCGGAGUCGUUUCGCAAGCAAUCGCAUUCUUAUCGGUUCUCUACAUUGCCACCGGGUUCUUCGGAUACGCACGUUUUGGGGAUUCGGUCAAAACAUCGAUCACUCUGAAUCUACCGAAGGACAGCGGAGUUGCAGAAUUUACACGCUUGUUGGCUGCUCUCGCAGCCCUUUCCCAGAUGGGUUUGGGCUUCUAUGUCCCUAUGGAGAUCAUCUGGCGUCGAAUCGAAGCAAAAAUACCGGAAGAUCUACACAACACGGCGCAAAUUUCCAUCCGCUUCGGCAUGAUGAUGAUCCUGACCGCCAUAUCGGUGAGCGUUCCGGACCUUCAACUGUUUGUCGGUUUGGUGGGAUCGUUCUGUGCCAGUAAUCUGGUGUUGAUCGUACCGGUCACACUGGACACAAUCUACCGGUGGCCGGAAGGUUACGGUCAAUGUGGGUGGAUUAUUUAUAAAAAUGUGAUUCUUCUGCUGCUUGGGUUCCUGUUGUUGAUUUUCGGAACUUAUUCAAGUAUACGACGAAUAAUCCAGACGUACGAAUGGAAUAGUAAGUGAUCUGUAAUGCUUCUCGAAUGAAAUUAAAAGGAGCAAAUAUUUCCGAUACUUGGGUAAAAGAAAUUUGAAAUAUAAAUGUAUAAUCUCAUAAGAAGAAGAGAAGAAACCAAGUGUGCCAAACGCGUGAGAAACAGAAAUCCGAUAAGCAUCCAGUAGCGCAUCAUUCAGUAGCAUCUACAGCACUAAACACGACUUUCAAUGAAGUACUAAAUCUUGAAGCUGAUUACAAUACAACAAUGCAAACUGAAUACUCUAGUCCCUAAGCAACAUCCACAAGUAUACACUGUGAUCAAUAUACACUUUAAUGGGGCCUGUAGCUUCAGUGUUGUCGUUGAAACAAUUUGCAAUUAAGAUAUACACUACCCGCCAAAAGAAUGGAAGCGCAACAAUAAGUAUUGCAACACCUACUUUGAAUAUUGCAACACCCCCGAAAAAGUUUAGCAUCACUUCAGAACUCCCAUAUUCCCAUCGGAUCUUUUCCAUUUAGAAUAAUGGGACCUUCAACAAAAUUGUUCACGACGAUAAGUGCAUUAGGCCGGACGUCAAUUUAGCUCCCUGGGUGCCUUGGCCACCGGGUGGACAUCCGGAUGCUCCGGAUUCUGGAACACGUGUGAAGUCACAAUUUAAUAAAUGCAUUCAUUCCAGCGAGAUGUGGUUUUCAUCAUCUUCCGUAAUCGCAAUAUGACAGGAGAAUCAAUGCUGACUGACGUUUGCUUGACCAGUUAGUGGUAGCCUCCCACUGAUUCUCCGGGAGUUCCGGAACAUCCGGUAAAGUGGUAAAUUAUUAAUAUUCGUCCCAGAAAGCUGCGAUUUUUUCUAAACGGUUUGUGGAGGCAUUGUGAGAGAAAAAUCAAUGAAAGCAUCACUAAUUGACCCCAGGUGGUCUCCCAGUAUUCCUCCGGAAGAUCCAGAAUAUCCGGUAAAGUGGUCAAUUAUUUAAAUUCGUCCCAAAACGCUGCGAUUUUUUCUAAACGGUUUGUGGAAGCAUUGCCAGGGAAAAAUCAAUGAAAGCAUAACUAAUUGAUCCCAGGUGGUCUCCCAGUAUUCCUCCGGAAGAUCCGGAAACAUCCGGUAAAGUGGUCAAUUAUUUAGAUUCGUCCCAGAAAGCUGCGAUUUUUUCUAAACGGUUUGUGGAAGCGUUGUGAGAGAAAAAUCAAUGCAAGCAUCACUAAUUGACCCCAGGUGGUCUCCCAGUAUUCCUCCGGAAGAUCCAGAAUAUUCGGUAAAGUGGUCAAUUAUUUAAAUUCGUCCCAAAACGCUGCGAUUUUUUCUAAACGGUCGGUGGAAGCAUUGUCAGAGAAAAAUCAAUCCAAGCAUUACUAAUAGACCCCAGGUGGUCUCCCAGUAUUCCUUCGGAAGAUCCGGAACAUCCGGUAAAGUGUCCAAUUAUUUAAAUUCGUCCCAGAAAGCUGCGUUUUUUUCUAAACGGUUUGUGGAAGCAUUGUCAGAGAAAAAUCAGAGCAAGCAUCACUAAUUGACCUUAAGUGGUCUCCCAGUGUUUUUCCGGAAGAUCCGGAACAUCCGGUAAAGUGGUCUAUUUUUAAAUUACGUCCCAGCAAGCUGCGAGUUGUUCUAAAACGUCUGUGGUAGCAUUGUGAGAGCAAAAUCAAUGCAAGCACCA